GAUACGAUUAAAAAAGUUAAUAUGUUUUCAGUGGGCAAUGUUUUACGUGCAUCGCAUGAGGAGAUAGAAGAUGUUUUAAAACAUUUUAAUUACAGUGAUGAUAUGAUAGAAAAAAUUAUAAUUCAGUAUAAUAGAAUUAAUUUUGUAAAAUGGAAUAAUAUAAGCAAUACAAUGCAAUUUUGGGCAGAAGUUCAAACUUAUACGGAUGCAGGUGGUAACAAAUUGUUUUCCGAUUUGGCGGAAUUUGCACUUCAUUUACUUUCACUACCUUGGUCUAAUGCAGACGUGGAACGAUUAUUCAGUCAGCUAAACUUGGUGAAAACAAAGCUACGCAACAGUAUACACUUAAUUACUAUAAAUGCUAUAUUAAGUAUAAGAUACGGUCUUAAAAGGCAUAAUAAGUGCUGCACAGACUAUGAAAUUCCAAGAAGUUAUUUAAAGAUGAUUGGAACAAAUAAGGCAUACGAAAACCAGAGUAUCGAUUAUAAUAAUCAGUCCGAUGAUAAUUUAUAUAAAAUUAUAAAUGAGUUGUAACCUGCCUAACUUUUGUGAAAACUGAAAGUUUAGUUAAAAAAUAACGUUCGACUGAAAUUUUCAUA